GAUGAUGAUGAUGAUGAUGAUGAUGAUGAUCUACUGAACCCCUCCACCUGAGUGCUGGGUCUCGGCACCUUUGAGGACCCCCUCCUCAUUUGUAUGACACACGGAGGUGACAGAGGGGGGAGACGUUAGCAGCAGCAGCGGGGCUGAAUGUAAAGUUAGAGACAGCAGCCUCCCCCCUCGUCUCCCCCUCGUCUCUGUCUCUGUCUGUGUCUGCCUAAAGCUUCACAGAUGCUCUCACCUCCUCCCUCCCUCCCUCUUCCUCCAUUGUACAUAUACACAGGAGAAAAAUGUGCAGAUGGAUUGGUUCCUACUACACUGAAAUGCACUGAUAAAGUCACAGAAGAACAGAGAAAAUAUUUCUUUUUUCUUCUUUUCUGAACGUCAUCUGAAUCGUUUAGUUGUAGUUUACAGAUUUCCUAGGACAGAAUCUGUAAUUAACUCUUAUUUAUAAUCCCAAAUCCCAAAGCCUGAUCGACUCCCUGCAACAGCGCUACCACGGACAUUGAUGACAUCUAGUGGCGGUGUUGUGAAUCUAUUCUGUGUGUACCACAACAUCGUUGGCCAAUGAGGAAAUGACUUUGAUGUUGUUGUUUGUCAACUGAAAACCUGUCACUGAGUCUUAACACAACAUCUCUGUAACUCGGAGCUCGAACCUGUCGAUCAUUUAUAAUAUUUAUUAAUAUCCAAUCAUAUCGUUCAACAAGUGUCGCAUCUGCUGCUGCAAGAGGUUUGAUGGAUUUUUAUUUAUUCAAUGUCUGUGGUUGACAUUUAGGUCCACAUUUUGUCAGUUGUCCUCACCUUUACCAGCGACACAACAUUGGUUCUUGGACCAAGGAAACCCACUGCUCUGGAGGAUUUACUGCACUGACACUCAUCUCCAUGUGAGGAGCCAAUAGGAAUCAUUUCAACCUGCAGCGACCGCCGUCAUUGGACAGAGCCACCGUGUGUCAGUAGAGAGCAGCAGGGUGGAGGACACUGACCUGCUGCAGGACUGAGGGAUGACCAGUGAAUGUUGUUAAAAAAGUCUUAAAGCAGCAAAAGCAUCAUGGAGAACGACCCCAUCACCUCUCAGCUAAAGAACCUGUGAAUCCUCCUCUCCCUCUCUCUUCUCCUCCUUCUUCUAAUGAAGACUGACCUCCUGCUGCCGGAGGAGGACCCAUCUGGAGCUGCCAUGUGGGGUCAAGCAGACAGAUUCAGCCUGACUGACUUUAAAGAAACCCUCAAAGCGCUGGACGUCUCCUCUGAGAUCCGCUGGCUGUCAGAGCUGCUGCUCAUGUGUUUGGAAUGUCGAGCUUUCAUCAGCGCAGGGAGCCGAGAGGGCUUCAAGAUCAACACCAAAAAUCCCAGUCUGCUAAUCAAGUGUUACCUGGAAGGCCUCAGCCAUCGUCUCGGGAAGAUUCCUGGGAAUUCACAUGUGCAUUCCACAGUCGAGUCACCAGCAGAGACAAACACGUGCCGGAGUCUGAAGGCAUCUGAUGGAGACUCUUUGAAAGGAGAAGAUUCUUUUUUUGUUGACAAUGAAUUCUCUGAUCCGAAUCCUGACUCAACCAUGAGAACGGAGCAGAGAACCUGCAGAACGCCAGAAGUUUACAUCAACCGUCCAGACGUUCAAAAACGUGAGGGAAACAGGGCGGAAGAUGAGAAAGUAACAUCCAAUCAGAGCUGGUUUGAAGAGCGAAUAAUGGGCAAGAUUGAUGAAGUUGAAGGAAUCAUACGAAGGAUGAGUCUCACGAGUUUAGACGGGAUCGAAGAGAAGGAGGAGAGCAGUCAGGAAGAUCGGUUCCUCACAGACAGAGGAGACCGUGAGGAGCAGCUGAGGUGCAGACCUGAGGUCAGUGACCCCUCUCUGGAGGACAACAUGGAGUCCCACGCAUGUCAACAGCGUCUGGUGGAAGAGCUCCGUGUCCUGUGUGAGGCUGUGAGCAGAAGUCUGCACCAGGCUCUGAGGCUGGAGGGGGCGAGAGCAGAUGUCGUGGCCUUCGUGGAGGAAGAGCAGAGCUGCUGUGACCAGGAUCAGUCGGUGAAGAAGACCCUUCCAUCACACCCUCCACCUGUCACGACCUGUAACUCCUCACAGCUGCCGAUCGAUGCAUCGUCGUCUCGUUCAGCUGAUGAGGAAACUGCUCUCGAUUCAUUUGCAUUUCUGCAAAAUGUUGCUACAAUUGCACCUGUCAAACCAAACAACCUGGGAGGAGGGGGUCACACAGAGCAGGAAAUAUCAGAAGAUCACUUAUUUCCAAAGGUUAAUUCUGUGAUCUUUCAGGAAAUCAGUGACUAUCAAAAGGAUGUCAACAGAUGCAGAUGUGAAACACAAGAUGACGGAGACGAUAUGCUCUCUUCAGAUGGAGCUCUCCAGAGGCAGGAGCAGCUCUGGCAGCAGGAGGUCGAGGAGUCACUUUCCUUCUGUCACUGGCUUUCCCAUCCCUCCAGACCAAAACACAUCGACUUUCUACGCAUCACUGCCCCUGAGGACGAUAUCCUGGACACGCCAACAACCAGUCCACUUCCUCCAGAGUUUUGGGUGAGUAGCAUGACAGAAAUGGAGAAAAGUAAACUGUCGAAAAGUCAAAAAGUGAACCACACCAGCCUCCCUGUUCUCCUCUGACGACUUAUGUCACUGUCCCGCCGCAGCGUCUCUAAAAUAAGUCUCCAAAUAUAUCCACUGUCUCCACUCAGAACACAUCCAAACUUCUGUCCUGACCUUGACCCACAUCACACUGAUGCAGGUGUAAACAGUGACCUCACGGCGCCGGUCCGCCGUCACAAAGACCACUCUGUUCCCUGCACUUACGUAACAGCAGGGGUUUAAUGCAGCUCUAUGAGGACAUCGUAUUAAGAACUGAUCC